GAGCUGCCUUUCAGUGCCACCCAUCAGUGCCAGUCAUUGCCACCUAUCAAUGCCAAUCAGUGCCACCUAUCAGUGCUGCCAGUCAGUGCCACCUAUCAGUGCCACUCAGUGCCGCCUAUCAGUGCCAGCCAGUGCCGCCUAUCAGUGCGUGUCAGUGCCACCUAACAGUGCCAGUCAUCAGUGCCGCAUAUCAGUGCCAUAUAUCAGUGCCACCUAUCAGUGCUGCCUUUCAGUGCCCAUCAGUGAUGCCUGUCAAUGCACAUCAGUG